UAAUUAUCUGCUCGUCUCGCGAGAACUGGCUCACUUACCCUGGAUGUUUUCAUGGAGUUUGCCUGUGGACGAAAUGUGAGCAAGCUGACUGCCGGAUAGAUACAAGAGAUGGAGUGAGAUAUGUGGAGGACAAAUUGCUGCAUAAAGGUUCCAUUGUCACUCUCUCAGUCUUGCCACUGCCAGGAUGUUCCCUUGCCUGGCCCAUAGACCAUGGCAAGUUUUCUGCAGGGUCUACCUGCAGCAGCGAGCACAUCUGUCUCAGCUACCUCCCAGAAUAACACGCCCAUGCCAUGGUUGGCAAAGCGGAGGUAAGGGCCACAGCCUGUGGUUUAGUUUCCCUGAUCACAGAGGGGCCUCCUUGGCUUGGGCACAGGUUCAAUACUAUUCUACUGCCGGUAGCAGUAAAGAUGGACCACCACAGGACCCUGUUGGGCCAAAAGCCACAGAUAAAGCAUCCACUAAUCAGCCCUCCACAGAGCUGGCCGCGACUGGUGAUACUUCUGAACCCAAAGCUCAGAGUUUAAAGAAAGCAGAAAGCAUUCAAGUGAAAGUGAGGGCAGUACUGAAGAAGAGGGAAUAUGGUACCAGAUACACACAGAACAAUUUCAUCACUGCUGUCCGGGCAAUGAACGAGUUCUGUCUCAAACCCAGUGACCUGGAGCAGUUGAGGAAGAUCCGUCGACGCAGCCCUCACGAUGACACAGAGGCAUUCACAGUCUUUCUGCGCUCAGAUGUAGAGGCCAAGGCUCUGGAUGUUUGGGGAAGUAUGGAAGCCCUUGCUCGAGAGAGGAAACUCAGGAGUGAGGUGGAGAGACAAUACCAAGAAAAUAUAUUUCGAAAUCAGAAACUGUUGAAGGAAUACAAAGAUUUCUGGGGAAACACAAAGCCUCGGUCAGGAAAGAGGGCAACUUUCCUCCAGGGCCCAGGAAAAGUGGUGAUGGUAGCUAUUUGCAUAAAUGGACUGAAUUUUUUCUUCAAACUCCUGGCAUGGGUUUAUACUGGAUCAGCCAGCAUGUUCUCAGAGGCCAUUCAUUCACUGGCUGAUACCUGUAAUCAGGCACUCCUUGCACUGGGCAUCAGUCAGUCUGUGCGCAACCCAGAUGCAGUACAUCCAUAUGGCUUCUCCAACAUGCGCUACAUCGCCUCCCUCAUUAGCGGAGUGGGCAUUUUCAUGAUGGGAGCUGGCCUGUCCUGGUAUCACGGUAUUAUGGGACUUUUGCACCCUCAACCAAUGGAAUCACUGCUUUGGGCAUAUUGUAUUUUGGCUGGAUCUCUAGUUUCUGAAGGAGCAACACUACUGGUGGCUAUUAAUGAGAUCAGGAAGAGCGCCCACAAGCAAGGAGUGUCCUUCUAUGAAUAUGUUAUGCAGAGUCGAGACCCCAGCACCAACGUUGUCCUGCUAGAGGAUGCCGCAGCUGUUCUGGGAGUGAUGCUGGCUGCUGGAUGUAUGGGUCUGACCUCACUCACAGGUAAUCCGUAUUAUGACAGCCUGGGUUCUCUUGGUGUGGGCACUCUACUGGGCACAGUCUCAGCGUUCCUCAUCUACACCAACACCGAGGCUCUGCUGGGACGCUCCAUUCGGGCCGAGCACGUCCAGAAGCUUACAGAAUUCCUGGAGAGUGACCCUGCUGUCAGGGCGAUUCACGAUGUGAAGGCCACAGAUAUGGGGCUGAGUACAGUACGGUUCAAGGCAGAGGUGGACUUUGACGGGCGGGUAGUUACGCGAUCCUAUCUGGAAAAGCAGGACAUUGACCAGAUCCUUCAUGACAUUCAGCAAGUAAAAACUCCAGAGGAGUUGGAAUCUUUCAUGCUGAAGCAUGGGGAGAACAUCAUCGACACCCUGGGAGCAGAAGUGGAUCGUUUGGAGAAAGAGCUCAAGCAACGCAAUCCUGAGGUGCGGCAUGUAGAUCUAGAGAUUCUCUGAGAAAGGGGAGCAGCCUCAGUGUAGCAGAGGACAAGCCGAACAACGGAAGGACGAUUUAGAUGGUCUGGACCUUGAGUGACGCAGCUCAGACCCACCACUCAAAUGAAGUCUUACUUUUCAGAAAUCCCAUGUCUUCUAAGCACUCUCAGGAGCAACGUUUAAGCCCAUUUUGUCAGCUUACAGUGCAGAAACUCUACAAGGUUUGCUGCUAUGUGCACAAAAGGCCAGAGAGAAUACACAUCCAGAAAUGCUGGUAUGCUUUAUUGAUGAGCACUAAUAAAAUGGGCUCAUGUUAAUGUACUGUAGUGCUGGUGUAGGAUCAGCCCCCUUACAUCUAUUUAAAUAGUGUUUAGCAGGAUUAAAAGGCAAAAGCUGAUCCUAAAACAGCACUCUCGGUUGACAAACAUACAUAUGGCCUGAGGGGUAUUUCACAAAGCAGUUCAGCUCUAUAACGUCAUACAAACCUCAAAACAGUUUCUUUUUACGGUCAUCAGGUCUUUGUAAGAAGAGACAGUAUGUAUUAUUUACUCCACAAGUAUUCUAUUUACAUUACAAAGCAGACAUGUUGUGUUAACAUGGAAAAAAAAACACUUGAAGAAUCCCUUCAGCUUUUUUGGAACCAUAUGCUCAUAACAUAUGCAGACUGUACAUUUUCCCAUGACUUCUAAUGUGGAGUAACUCAAGUAGAUACAUAAGCUCACCAAACAAAAUUAGUUGUAUAAUUUUUCUUUCUCACUUGUUUAUGUGCACGUCCUCUUCCUUGUAGGUAAGGAUUACACCAGUCUUGAGAUUUACAGACUGGUGUCGAUCUACAGACUGGGUGCCCAUUUUAGCUGAAGUUUGUCAGUUUUAGCAUUUCUCCUGCUGUUCCACAUUGAGAAUUGAGAUUGAUGUGUGCUGGACAGUCAAGAUGUUGCUGUUUUCCAUGUCUGUUAAACCAGUCGCAUACAGACACCUGACAGUAGUCAUGCUGGAAUGUGGGAGUGUCAAUGUUGUGUUCUGCACAACGUUAGAGGAAGAGUGAAUCCCAGGAAUCUGACUGGAUUUGGGCUAUCACUAUGGAAGGUGACACAUAACCACCUGUUAGAGAAGAAAUGGUACAUAUGACUUAUUUUUGCUCAGUGAGUUUAUAUCUCAUUGAAUAGACUUUACCAACAUGUGUAUUAGUCACAGUCAUUACAUUUUUUGAUAAUGACAAAGGCAUAUAUUUGGUUGCUUUGAUUAAAGAGACGUAUGACCAGUUCUCAUGUUUCUAAGAGCUAACUAGAUAUAUUGUGCCACAAAUUGAGAUGAGAUCAGCGAGCAUUUAAUGCCACUCUAAAGCAGUCCAGUAAUUUUUUUUUUAAAUAAACAUUUCAUAUGCAUGUCCGUUGUAAAUUUCACUUGAGAUUAUCUUGUAUACCAGUGCUGAUCCAGGUUCGGCCUUUAAGCCCACUCCUGAGCUUGUAACGAACAUACAUCAGGGAAUGCGAUAUACAAGUCCUAGAUGAGACAUACUUUUGGAACUUCUGUCUGAUAAUGCAACCUCAAAGUGAGAGCAGUUCUGAAGGAAAAGCACUGAUGGAACAACUCUAAAGCGGGAAGAAGCAAGCACACAGAACCGGUACCCUUGUGGUAUUCCUCUAUUCAUGUAAAGAACUUACAGACUAUGACUUUCAUUCUUAUCCUCUUCUAACAACAAAAUAUUUUUGAGAUUAUACAAUAAAAUGUACCUUUCACCACCUGUUUGAACAAAGAAGCUUAGUGAUUGUGAAUUAAUGACCUGAAUACAAAGCAAGUAGUUCUGCCUCUUUCUCUCUAUUGUAAAUAAUCAUACAUUGUGAAAUGACCAUGAUCUCUACCAAACCUCAUGCAUGUUGUGUUCAUUAAGGAGAACUCUGAAGGGCUGAGUGAAUCAUCCAUCUGUACUUGCUGCUGAUGUCUCAUGCAUCAGUCCACUGGAAAAAAAAGUGCUCUGGCAGUCCACCUUAGAUUUUGUUCCUCUGUGCUGAAGUCACAUAGUGUAUCCUUCCACAUGUGCUUCAUACUGGACAUCGUUACACCUGUAUAAAUACUCAGUGACAGGAACUCAAUAUUACAUUCUUUAUCAUAGCCAAAUGUGGUUGAAAGAAGACUUCUGUACAGUUAGAUCCACUGGUGAAACCCUGCUUUCUCAGUGAGGGCUAUUUAAAAUUAGUUUUUUGAGGGUGGGUUGACGUUUCUUAUAGGUUCUAUGUAUAUUUUAUUAAAUGUUUGUCAGAUUGCUGAUUGGUUAGAUUAAUGGACCUCUAAGGAAAGCUGAUUAAAUAAACUGCAGUUAAUUUAUGAAACUA